AUGGUCGCCUCCGUCUACGUUCCCCAUCCAUACCACCCCGAAGUGUUUGCCCAAUUACACCACAUAGAUGAAGCUUAUAGGAGCCUCGAAGAGAGGGUCGUAGACAAAGAGAUGUUAGGGGAAGUCAGGUCUGUAUACGAGCCAAUGCCCUGUCUCCCAAAAAAAAAAUACCCUCCUUCCUUGUUCACACGUUCGAGACGGCCAUGCCCUAACUGAAAAAACAAAUCCCCGAAUCAACUUAAAGAUCCCUUUUCAUCCGCUAUGGCGUUCACAGGACCCUCGGGGUCAUGGUCCUGCAUAGACACUUUGACAUGACACCAGAGGAGAAGCUAGUGGAGUUCGGGAGCGUAGCCACCCCCUGGCUACUCCCGGAGGCCAACGGGGACUCGGUAUUCGGUGGCAAAGUGAUCCCCAGAUCGUGGGCCUACUCCGCUGGCCAUCUUUACCCCAUUGAGUUCGGAUUCAAUCCACCCGGCGUGGAGAAUUUCCCGAGCAUCUCGUUCGAUCAGGAUUUCGUGAGGGAGCUCUACGAGUUGCUGGUUGGGCUGGGGAUUGGGGACUUGGUGGGCUUGACCGUGCUUGGCGAUGAGAUCCACGACGCCCCCUACGGCGUCGAGAAGACCGUUGGUAGGGUUAGCAUCACACUACCCAUCACCCCUGAAACGGAACCCACCCAAGCUGUGGAAUCCGUGUGGACUUUUGGGUGCCAUGAGAGGAUGGAUGAUUCAAAGUUGUGGCCUGCUCGUAUCUGUUGGGUUUGUCAUGGUUGUAAGUGA